AAAAAAACCUUCUUCCAUCAUUCUUUCUCGAAUCUCCAGUCGUCAGAUUUCUCUCCUUCAAAACGCGCGAAAUACAAAACCUAACCUCCCUCCCCUUCUCUCUCUUCUCUCACAGUUUCAGGGGCUGUUGUUGUUUGGUGGUAGGUAAUGGCGGAGGCACCGACGAGCCCGGCCGGCGGGAACGAGAGCGGCGGCGAGCAGAGCCCGCAGAACGGGAGCAGCAGCACCGUGAGGGAGCAGGACAGGUACCUCCCAAUCGCGAACAUCAGUCGGAUUAUGAAGAAGGCGCUGCCGCCAAACGGCAAGAUCGCCAAGGAUGCUAAGGACACUGUCCAGGAAUGCGUCUCUGAAUUCAUCAGCUUCGUCACCAGCGAGGCGAGUGAUAAGUGCCAGAAGGAGAAGAGGAAGACGAUUAAUGGUGAUGAUUUGCUCUGGGCGAUGGCUACGUUAGGGUUUGAGGAGUAUAUUGAGCCGCUCAGGAUUUACUUGGCUAGGUACAGGGAGUUGGAGGGUGAUGCAAAGGGUUCUGCAAGGGGUGGGGAAGGAUCGGCUAAAGGGACUCCGGUUGGAGUUAUGCCUGGGCAAAAUUCACAGUUUGUUCAUCAGCCACCACUGAACUAUGUCAGUAGUCAAGAGGAUUAUUAUGUGCCUUUGAACAAUUUGGGGAAUGGAAGUUGAUGCUUUUCUUUUUAAUAUGAGGAAAGAAGUGAAGACAUGGGUUUUCGUCACUGGUUACUUGAUCCUAAUGAUGUGUCCUCAGUAUCUUGUGAUGUAUGCACAGCGUUUGGUUGCUCAUUCCAUGCAAAGCAAUGAGUAGAAGUCUUACUUUUAUCCUAUAUCAUUUUAAGAACUCCAAAGUGGUAAAUUGUUAAGUUGCAUUACUGGUAGUAUCAUUGUUGUGAAUUUGAGUUAAUUUAAACCAUGUUUCUGGGGUCUCUGCUAUGGUUGGGAUAGGAAGGAUUUGGGCUGUAGAUUUGGCUUUCGCUAUAUUUCUAGUUUAGUUGCUGACCCCGUGUGAUGAAGUACUGUUUUAAUUGGAUGUUCAUGAAGAACCCUGUGAAGCAAAAAAGUUGGAAUAUAAUGCAUAUUUUCAUCUAACGCAUGAGGUUUGUCCA